AUGGAUCCCAUGUUGUUUCUUAGCAACUCAAGUCACUUAGGGCAGAACUUUAAACGGAAUGAGGGCAAUGCUCACGUGCUGGUGGCGAUCCCAGAGGUUCAUGCCGCAGAUCCCCGAUAUGGUAAAAUCCAGGAAGCUCUUUUACGCUACGUAUUGUUGGAUGAGGCUGUCGUUAAGCUCGCCUUCAGCAAGCCACUCCGCGUGGCGCGGCGUGAGAUCACACUACCGUACACGUUUGACGGAUUUCGUAGCAAGUACGAAUUCCUUGUGAUCGACAUGAAUGACGCAUUUGACUGCAUCUCGGAUAUGUCUUGGAUAUCGUGGUAUAAACUUGAGAUCGACUGGUUGGUGCAGUUAGUCAGCAACGAGCAAGGUGUUCACGCACCUCCUAGCCAGUGUCGUGGACCGAUCGGUCCACAAUUUCCUUGCACUCGAGUUCGGACUCAAGGCGACGAAAGGAAAAGCCAACCGUCGCCGUCAAAGCCACGUCGCGAACCCGUGCCAAGUGACAGCUCACCGACGGAGUCGAUCCACGUGCUUGAGUACACGGAAGAAUCAGGCGGUCACCGGCACACAACCGAGGUUGCAAAUCCAUCGCAAGAAACGCAGGUGAUCACCAGGCUACCGGGCAUCUCCUGGAAGGACUUCCUUCGCGACCUCAAGAACGGUACCAUUGAACAGGUCUGCCAGAUCGCUGACUCUGCUUCAGCGUCGCCCGAGCUGAUUACUUUCAGUGAUGACAGCUCAGCACGGGCAAAGAGCGCUGCCCAAGCCAUUGACGAUUACUUUGCGAGCGGCUGCACGGCAGGUCACGUGCAUGAGAGCACUUCUCCGCAUUUCAGUCCGACAUUUUGCGUGAAGAAAGCCACGGGUGGUUGA